AGUGACUCGAGCAAAUUCACACUACAUAGUUGAACGUUGAAACAGAUCGAUAGUGUAAACAAAAAAACGUAGUAUUAGUUCUGUUGUAUAGACUAUAUUAUAAAUAGUAUCUUGGAAAAAAAACCAAAUCUUGGAUCAUGUGACAUAUGUCAGUUUAUCUGCCAAUAAGGAAUGGGUGUUCAUUUAAUUCCCAUCAGAUUUUUUGAAAAAAUCCAAUUUGAAUAAUAUUUCAGGCAGAGGUUUUUAAAAAAUGUAUUAAAUUAUAUUUCGUGGAAUCCGUUAAAUAUGGGAAUAGUACAUGCUAAAGUUGAUGAUAAUGUAACAGAAACACUUAAUUUUAAAAAUAAAAAUAUAUACAGAGAACCAUCAGACAGGGAACAAAUAAAGGAAAUCGAUUUAGAAGGCGUUAAAGCCAGAGUUGACAAAAUACAUAUAGAUGGGCUUUCGAGGACGAAAAACGAUAUCGUAGAAGAUUGCAUAAAAGAGUUAUUUAAAGCGAAAGAUUUUCAAGAUGUUUUGUUGAAAGCACAUAAAGCACGUGUAAAAUUAGAUGAACUGGGAUGUUUCAAGAAUAUAUCUGUGUUCAUUGAUACCAGUAAAGGAUCUAAGGCCACCCCAGAUGGUUUAGAAGUAACAUUCAAUGUCAAAGAACAUAAGAGAAUAACAGGCGGUGUCAGUACUCAUGUAGGAAACAAUGAAGGUGUUUUGCAGAUAGGAAUGAGAGCUCCUAAUAUUUUUGGUAGAGGAGAAAGAGUACAAGUUGAAUAUAGUCAUGGUUCAAAAAAAUCUAGUAACUUUAAUUUGGCAUUUAUCAAACCUUUUAGAGGAAAAUAUCGCCCAACGUUAACAUCAAGUAUAUUCCAGUCGAACACCGAGUGGCCUGUUUCUGGGUAUAAACAACUUGAACGUGGAUUAAUAUUUGAUUUAGGUUUCUACUCUUGGUCCUUAUUGAAGCAUAAUCUCCAAUGGGAAGCAAAUAUUCGUGAUUUAAGUGUUUUAACUCGCAAUACCUCAUUUGAUGUUCGUAAAGAAUCUGGACCAAGUUUAAAGUCAUCUUUAAGACAUAUUCUAUCACUGGAUCUUAGAGAUGAUUUAAUAUUUCCCACUAGUGGUUCUUUACUCCAACUGACUUCAGAAGUAGCUGGAUUGGGCGGAGAUGUUGGCUUUUUGAAAAAUGAUAUAUUUGUACAAGGAAACUAUUCCAUUGUGGAAGAUAUAGUUUUGCAAGGAUGCUUCUGUACAGGAUACAUGACUAGUAUCAGUAACAAUUUAAAAAUCAGUCUGUCCGAUAUGUACUUUUUGGGUGGACCUCUAUCAGUUCGAGGUUUUCAGAGCCGAGGAGUCGGUCCACAUUCAGAUGGAGAUGCUCUUGGAUCCAAAGCUUAUUGGGCAGGAGGCUUACAUAUUUUCACACCAUUACCUUUCAGACCAGGUAGAGGCGGAAUCGGAGAUUUAUUUAGGACUCACUUUUUUAUUAAUGGAGGCAACGUAGGAAAUAUAGAAGUUCUCAAAGAUGGCAAUUUGUUAGAUUUCAUUCAAAAUAAUCUGAGGGUGUCGUAUGGACUUGGAGUUGCAUUGAGGCUUGGCAAUAUGGCCCGUUUAGAAAUAAAUUAUUGCUUCCCGUAUAUAUAUGACAAAGGGGACCAAACUCAUCCUGGUGUUCAAAUUGGAAUUGGAGUACAGUUUCUGUAAUAAAAUUUCAAUCAGAAAUGUUUUUAGUUUUAAUAAGUACAUGCUGUUUCAACGAUUCAAAUCAAAUGUAUAUGUACCAUAGCAACAUAAAUGAUGUUAUUAAUUAAAAAUUGACAUUGUUAUUAGAUAUUUUUAUAGUUAUUAAAAACUACAUCGUUUUUAUAGUGUGGGAAAAUAGAAAUAAAUCGGAGUUGAAGCGUUAACUGGAGCUCAAUUGUGGACAGUGUAAAAUAUUACCAUUGUACUUGGAUAUGGACACUCAUUUUAAUAUAAAAACUACUUUUAUACAAAUUCGAAAAAUAUCAUUGUCUAGUUGACAAACACUCCAAGCUAACACUAUAGAAGCCCUACAAUCAAGAGCGAAUACAAAGCUCUCGGCACUUAUAACAGCCUAGCUAUAGGUCAGGUCUGGUUAUUGUUGGAUAAUUGUCCUGGGCAUCCAUCGGCAGAUGAAGUUAUCUCUGAAGAUGGCAAAAAUUUUGCAAUGUUCCUGUUAGUGAAUUGGAACGCAACUAAAUUAGUUUCUUUAAGUGCCCUUGUUCGCGACUGACGUUUUUGAACUGUCAGGUUGUAACCAGAUUUUUCAAAUUAAAUAAAACUUUUGUGAUAAUAAAA